AACUUAGAACGGUAGUAGCUGUACCCAAUAGACGCACGGCAUUAAGAGGGCGGGACUUCCGUCAAAGACCAUGGUGAGAGCCUGCGCGGAGGAUCACACUUCCUUUUGUGAGUGGCAGUGAACGAGCACGCACUGCUAUGAAGGCGUCGGGCACGCUUCGGGAGUACAAGGUGGUGGGGCGUUGCUUGCCAACCCCAAAAUGCCACACACCGCCACUGUACCGAAUGCGAAUCUUUGCACCCAACCAUGUGGUGGCCAAGUCCCGCUUCUGGUACUUUGUGUCGCAGCUGAAGAAGAUGAAGAAGUCAUCCGGGGAAAUUGUGUACUGUGGGCAGGUGUUUGAGAAGUCACCCCUGCGUGUGAAGAACUUCGGCAUCUGGCUGCGCUAUGAUUCCCGAAGUGGCACUCACAACAUGUACCGAGAGUACCGGGACCUGACCACUGCCGGCGCGGUCACACAGUGCUACCGAGACAUGGGUGCCCGACACCGUGCCCGUGCGCACUCCAUCCAGAUCAUGAAGGUGGAAGAGAUUGCAGCUGGCAAGUGCCGCCGGCCAGCUGUCAAGCAGUUCCACGUGAGUGAACCUGAGUGUGGGGCUGACGCAGGGCUGCAGGGGGUGGUUGCGCAUGGACAGUCCCUGGACAUGCAUCUCCUCCCUCCCCACAGGACUCCAAGAUCAAGUUCCCAUUGCCCCACCGUGUGUUGCGGCGCCAGCACAAACCACGCUUCACCACCAAGAGGCCAAACACCUUCUUCUAGACACAGAGACCCACUGAAUAAAAGCUUCAGACUGUCCUUGCUUGUUUGCCUCUGUGUCCCUGACAGGGUCCCAAGUGGACCCUAACAACAACAGGCUUGCCCCACCUGCCUGCCA